CAUUUUUUUCAUCAAGCUAUAAAGUUGUUCUAUACUCGUAGUCAUGUCGAUCCAAGGCCUUCCGUUCGAGGUUACAGUCGUUGGAUGCUAUAACUUGGAGGACAAGGAAUGGAUAUCAAAACAAGAUCCUUAUGUUUGUGUCGAAUAUGGAAGUGCUAAGUAUGGGACUAGAACCUGCACUGAUGGAGGGAAGAAUCCUACUUUUCAGGAGAAAUUCGUAUUUACGCUUAUCGAAGGCCUCAAGGAACUGAAUGUGGUCGUUUGGAACAGCAACACGAUCGUCGCCGAUGAUCACAUCGGAACUGGAAGGGUUCAACUCCAUAAAGUCCUUUCCCAAGGUUUUGAUGAUUGUACUUGGCCACUUCAAAGCAAAUAUGGCAGGCAUGCUGGGGAAGUGAGGCUCAUAUUACACUACUCCAAUGCCAAAGCCCCACAACCACAAAAAUCAAAAUGCAAGACAAAAUCAAUUGAAGAAUAUGUACCAUCUGCACCUUUCAGCCAGGUCUCACCAUAUGGUUACCCACCAGCACCAUCAGCAGCUCCUUACCCAACAAUGUCAUAUGCAGCUCCAUCUCAUUACAAGUCAUGUCCUACAGCAGCCCCUGCUGCUGUAGGUUACCCUCACCAUGCCCCUCUUGCACCUUAUCCACCACAAACAUACCCACCACCACCACCACAGGCCUCAACUUAUUAUCCACCAGCUCCGACCGGAAUCUAUCCUCCACCACCCUAUUGAGCUAUUUCAAGCACAUAAAAUUACUACAUCAAUAGAAGGUGCAACAAUUCAUUGUCCGAGCCAUCAAUAGAAGAAAUUUUCAUUGCAUUGGAUUUGUGAUCUGUAUUUCACACAACAUUAUGUCUUUUUUUCUUGAUGAAUUGGUUUCUUGUAAUCUACUCUUCUCUGCGAUUUCUAUAUAAUAAAAAAAAGUGGUUCUCUCAA